AUGGCGGAAACAAGGGACAGCAAGGCGUACAAGUAUCGCCAGGAAAUCAGCCAGAUGAUGUACGUUUCUGGCGAGACGGCAGAACCCUCGGUUGAAACUUCAAGUAUCAUCGAAGACAUCGUGCGGCAGCAGGUGAUUGAGCUGCUGCGCAACUGCACCGAGCUGGCCUCGCGGCGGGGGUCCAAGUCCAUCAGCACAAACGACCUCAUCUUUCAGAUCCGCCACGACCAGGCAAAGGUGUCCCGUCUGCGCACCUUCCUCUCGUGGAAGGACGUGCGCAAGAACGUCAAGGACUCGGACGACAAGGGCGCCGACGCCGACCUGGCAGCUGGCGAUGACCCCGGAGGCGGCGUCGUGCCCGGCGGCCCCGUUGACGAAGGCGCCAAGAAGAAUAAGAAGGCCAAGGUCGGCCUUCCCUGGGAGCCGGCGUCCUUUUACCCGGUCGAAGUACCUGAGCGCGACGACGAGGACGACGAGGAGGAGGACGAGAUGAACUACAUGACGCUUCAGCGCCUCCGCAAGGCCGACGAGCGCACAAAGGUCAUGACGCGCGAGGAGUAUGUGACGUGGUCCGAGUACCGCCAGGCCUCCUUCACCUGGCGCAAGGGCAAGCGCUUCCGCGAGUGGGCUGGCUUCGGCAUCGUCACCGACAGCAAGCCCUCGGACGACAUUGUCGACAUUCUCGGUUUCCUCACCUUCGAAAUGGUCGCCACCCUGACCGAAAUGGCCCUCAAGGCCAAGGAGCAGGAGGACAUGGCCCGCGCCCAGAGCGGCGGCGACAACGUCGGCGCCAAGAAGCGCAAGCUCCAGCAGGGCCUCUUCGACCCCCCCAGCGAGGGCAAGACGCCCAUCGAGCCCCGCCACGUCCAGGAGGCCUUUCGCAGGUUCCAGCAGAGACCCAAGAAGUCGCGCGCCAUGCUCAACGGCACCAGGCUGAUGCAGCACACGCCCCUCAACAUCAUCUGA